AAUCAACAACACACUUCCGUACGCAAACGUUUUGCAUCCUUGAUUUGACAAAGAAACCCCUCUAAAUUCAUUCUCUCAUCACAUCUCCGUCGUCGAUCUUUCACCACCGCCACUUCACGCUUUUCUGCGGUACGAUCCUUCAUCGCCACCGUUAUUCAUCAUCUUCUUACCGAUCAUUUUCUUUUCAAUUUGUUUUCUAUGUUACUUUUCGUUUAAUCGGUUGAAAUCCGAUAUUGAUCAUCUAAUAUUUUCCAUACCUAGGGUUCUGCUAACAAAAUAAUAAUAAUUAUCUUAAUUUAUCGUCUGAUUACGCCUGAACAGAGGAUCGUUGGGGGUUUAUGUUGUAAUUAUCAUCGGAUUAUACCGACACGUGUACAUAAAUUAUUAUUAUUAUGUUAGAUUGUAAUUAUUUAUGGAUUUAAUAUAUUGUUAUGUUAAAAAAACUGGAUCUGUGUGCGAUGAACAAAUUAAUAAGACGAUUAAGAGGCUGAUUGAUGAUUUUUUUACGCAUCAAUUUGUUGGCUUUGUUACCUAACUUUUUAGGGUUUGAUUUGGUAUUUUAUUUUUUUCACAAUUUGUUUGUAUGGUGUGUAGCUGAUUGAUUCUUUUGACUUCUUAAGUUUAAACUUAUCAUGUGGUCUUUUUAUUUGAUCGAUGAUUCGGAUGCCUAGAUUCCUUUUUAUAAUAAGGGUAAUAAAGGCAUAAUAAUUGAGAGGCAUCCACUGGGUGCAAAUUGGGUGAGUUGGAUUGAGUGCACCCUUGAUGGAUGUAUCUCGUACGCAAGCAUCGGACAAAAUAAAACAAAUCCGGUGUAUUUUGGGUGGAAAGUUUUGAAUCCUUUGGGGUCAAAAAGAAAUAGGAAAUGCGUUAAAUAUCUGAACAUGUUAUGUAUAGUGGAAAACUAUGUUGUCAAAAGCGAGCUAGGCGUGUGCCUAGGCGCUCAGGCGCAGCUAAACCGCCUGAUGGAGAGCUAGGCGCAAAUCUGCGUCUUUUUUUUAAAAAAACGCACUCAGGCGCCCGCCUAGAGCUGGGCGCAGGCGUAGAAAGCGACCCCAAACCCAAAAAAACAGCCUAAAACAAGAAGAAACAUCUUGAAACGUUAAAUUAGAGCGGGUAGAUAGUUAGGAAUCUAGUUUAGCAACUUCUUGAAGACUCAACAGAGGGAGGCGAAAACAUGGUUACACUUUACAGCACUGUGGUCGGCACCAGCAAUAUGGUGGACUGGUGUCGGCUGCUCUUUUUUGAUAGGAUACCCUAAUCCAAUAAAAUUGAUGGGCUCCCUUUUGUAUAGAUGAUGUGUAGAUUGUAUUGGGCCAGUCUUUGUUUUAAAUAACAUAACUAUUUUAAAGAAUAGAUGGAUGGCCCAACUAAAGAUCUUUAAAUUGUUUUUCACUUUAUUGUUUUAGUUUGUUACAAAUACCCAGAUAUUUUUAUAAACAUUAAUUAUUGUUGCACAUAUUAUAAAAAGAUAUCAGGAUUUUUUACAUUACAUUUGUAUGAUAGUGUAAAACUAUUAGUUUUAUUCCCAUUAUAUAUAAUUUCUUCUUUUUUUUUUUCACUAUGGCGCCUUACCUAAAAAAGCCCUCGCUUUUUUUGCGCCUUGCGCCUAGGCUCCAGGCGUGGCCUUUGCGCCUUAAGUGCGCCUAACGCUUUUGACAACAUAGGUGGAAAACAUAAGUCAUGCUCUGUCUUUAAAGAUAAUCAAAGUUUUGAGAUGUUUGCUGUUUUCCAUCUAACCGUACACAACUGUCUAAUCUUUUAGAAAAUAUUGGACAUAUUUCUUGUUCGGUUUUAUUAGCUUUCAUGAAUCUUGUUUUGUAUUUGCUUUAGGAUAUUCAGCUUUGUGGUAAACAUGUGCUAUAAUGAAUUAUCUGUCACGAGUAAAAAUUAUCCUUCUUUUAUUUGUUAAGUUAGUUUUUGUUUUAUUAAUUGCCAAACCAAUGUGCCUGAUCCUAUCGCACCUAAUAUCCACAUUUCCGAGCUUUUAGGCAUGUAUAUAAGUGAGUUUUCUUAUAGUUUUUCUAAAAGAAUAAGUAACAUAGAAAGUGUAUUUUUUUCAUUACUUGGAAAGCUUUGUCUACCUUGUUUUCAGUUGAAUUGAUUUUUAUUUCUGGGUUUGUACUUUGUAGUGUAGCUUUACGCCUUUGUUUUCUAACCCACACUCCCUCAAGUGUGAUAUAUAUACUUUUCUUGCAGAAUCAACUCUUACUUAUCAUUUUACAUAUUAUGAUGGGCGUGUAAAAACAUUAUAAAAUAUGCUCAGAUUAGACAGAAGAGGUGGUUAUAUAAAAAAAAGUUUCGUAAACAUUUAUCGUCAGUUACAUCAACCCCGUUGUUGAAAGUUGGUUGCAGCUCACAACAUAUCAUAUUGCUCAUUACCAUUCUAGACGAAGAUUGGAUCAUGAUAGUACAUACCGCUUUUUAUUGGAGAGAUGACAUGCCAUUCUAUGAUCAAAGAGAAGAGUUUUCUAUUAUUUUAUUUUAUUUUUGUCACCGAAUGUAUGCUCUAAAGUAUAAGUAUGAAAAAGGAAGAAAUGGGAAAUUGAACUGCCUCACAUUUGUAAAGAUGUGAACUGUAAGUUCGUUGGAAGUUGAGUGGACAUUCAUUUCCCAUAUCGUAGUCGAUAGGAGUGUGCUAUCCAUAAUUAAAACUAGGUUGCAUUCAGUGAUGCAUACUGCAUAGUAUCACUAGCUUUCUGUAAUUUUUAAAACUCAUGUUGUAACAGGUUACUGGUUAUUGUCCCUAUUUGAACAUGAAAACGUCAUAAUUAAAUGUGUUUAAUUAUGCACGUCAUUGUAGCUGUUCUGUUACCUACUCCCAGUCUGUGCUCCUUAUGCUAUGUAUCUAUUAUGUCUAUUUCUAUACCGAUAUAUACUCUGAUUUUUCAUAUUUCAGAUGUGUGUUUUAUCUGUUUAAAACAUCACUCUGUUUGCUCUUAUGAGAAAGCACAGGGGAAAAUGAGAGAAAAGAUGUUAAGUAUCUGAGUCUGAUUACAGAUACUAAUAUAAGUUGAUUUUUCUAUAGACCGAGAAAAUAAGCUCUUGUAUAGUAGAUGGUAUAUGAUCAGGGAUAGGAUGUGAGUGUGAUGAAUCAAAAUCCUCUGUUAAACAGAUUUUCCGCUCUCGCUUCAGUUUAUGCAUCUGUAUGGGAUCUGCUUCAGAAAACUCACAAUCGGGCAUUGGUAUUUUAGCCAUUUAUACAUAUAUCUAGUUAGCUGUAGUCUGUAGCCAGCAGUUGGAUCUUCACCUAACAGACGGCUAUUUGGAGUUUUGUCUUCCCCUGUUUUCUAAAUCGCAAAUGGCAUUACAUUGCAGGCACUAUUGACCUAUCUGAGCAACAGAAGGUUUCCUAUAAGUAUGUCCUCAUCAAGAUUAAUAUUUUAUAACGAACGCAAAUGGUUGUACAAGAGCAUGCUCUUGUACAUAUUUAGACUCUUUCUUAUGAGGUGCUGCGUCCUAAAAAAUGGUUGAAAUGAUGGUAACUGUCACUUUUAACUGUUCGGACACGCUUUUAAGAAGGAAACGAUGAUAUGGGUUUCCGUUGUAAUUCAUGUCAUCACUCGGAAGCUUACAAGAGUCGAUGACAAUUCUCUUCACUAUGUAUAUGAUUUGGAGGUCGUUUGUGACAUCAGCAAUCCAACUGAGAAAGAGUAACAACAUGAUGCCAAUCGGUGCAAUUGGUACAAAAGAAUAUCUGGUUUUUUUCUGGAUCCGUGUUAAAGGCCAUACUAAUGGCAUGAUGGAACAUAUAUUCCAGAUGAUUCUAGAAUAAAGAAGUAUGGAUCCACAGGAUUAGUAUAGAUUUGUGGCCAUGCGAUGCACAGAUCUGGUGUGUAUUUGCUUGAAGACUAUUUUCAAAUUUUAUGAAGAUUGUAAAUUGUUGUCAUAUGGCAAGAAAUACAUAUACAAGCGAUGUAUCCCUUUGUGGUGGAGACGUAGCUAUUGGUUGUAAACUCAGUUGAGCUGCAAAUUUCAUUCUAUCGAGGCUCAUCGUUGGUUGUUGUAGGUCAUUGGUAUAUGUUCAUUAGUGUUACUGUAAGUUCUGUUUGUUUUAAGUAGAGUAUUUCUUUGUGACCCUUAAAACUAUUUUCGAAAACGCAAUCAUUGGGUCCUUAUAUAUUAGGCAAUAGUUCCUUCUUUUCAGGAUAACCUUUUUUGUGCGGUGCAGGAUUUGAAUUUUUAUAGAUCAAUUUCCAGGGAGAUAUAUACGAGGUACCUUUUGAUCCUAUCUUGGCAAUAAAAUAAGAUAGGCAUCUCGCGUUGAGGUUCGACUCAUAGUAAGCCUUUAAUAGGUACGGAGUAACUUCACAAAGCAUCUUCUAGUUUAACGUUCAGUUUUAUCACCCGAAUUGAUGGGAGUUUUUGAAGAUAAGUAGCAUUAGUAGUUAGUUACUUUGAUACAAUUGUCAUGAGCGUUUGAUUAUUGUUGUUUCUAGAUUUGGUUACUUAAAUUAAUAGGUAAAGGUUGAAUGUCUUAGCACGGUCUGGCAAAGCAUAGGUUGCAACUACAGGUACGUGAGAAGACGCAAGUGAUAUAUAUGAACUUAUAUUGAAGCAUUUACUAAUCAUAAGCCAAGUAAAAAUAAAUAAUCUUGUUUAUAUGAGUGUGAACUACUUUUUGACAAUAUUUUUUUAAAUAUUUAGGGCGUUUCUUCUUCCACUUUUUUUCGGAUUGACUGGUAGUUACACUUGUAUAUUUGCUAUUACUCUUCUUAAGGUUAAACCUAUUCUCCUCACAUGUGUACAGGCUGGCAAAACUGCAACUUCUUUAACUAAGAAGCAAAAUAGAAUUAUCUGUUGAAAAAGAUGAGGCGUAGACCCUUAUCUAACCCUUUUACAAGAUCUGGAAUUGACCAACAUGGAGGCAACCAUACUCCAACAGAGCAGUCUUACUUUCCUACAGGUAGGGGUGCUGCUCCAGAGAAUGGUGCUUUUGUCGGUCAAAUGAAUCAUAUGACAAGACAUCACAAUUCGGAAAGCAGGGCAAAUGUUGGCACGGAAGUACAACCUUACGUGCCUGUUGAUCCGUACUCACAUUCAUCAACGACGGAAACAAGAUCUUUGACACCUGUCAGCCACACUCAUUGCACUAACUACAAUGCUCCGAUUAUGCGUGAUGUGGAGGCCGAUCUGUCGAACCGCCAAACAGGCAAUGGCGGGCCCCUUAAAAGAAGAAGGUCAGGUAGCUUCUAUAGUGCAGGAGGAAGCUCUUCCGGUUCUUCUCAUAUGCCACUGGAGAAACCAUCUGUUGAUUUUCAAAGUGCACCUUCGUAUAGGAGUAAUCUCACAAUUAAUGACGAAGAUUCUUCUAGAAACGUUUACCAUUCUGCCCCUGGUCAACAUGCUAAUGGUGGACAGUGGAAUUGUUUUUCUAAUUAUCCUGCUUCCUCUCAAAGAAGGAUCUCCCCUUCAGAUAUGAGCAGCGGCUCGAGACACGAGAUGAAUCAAGUCCAAGUUGGAGGGAGUUCUAGCGAUCCGUUUUUCAGCAGGCAUCCUGCGUCUUCCUCACACGGCCCAACUAUGAGGGAAGAUCAUGUUAACCAUUCUAGAAGAUCUGAGUCAUCAUAUGGGAACGGUUCAAGGUACUCCCACUAUGCACAUGGUGGGACAUCAACCGAUGGAGCGCACACGCACACACCGGCUCAUUUCUCAUCCAGAAAUUAUUCUAGGCAUAGCUAUGCAGGAGGAUGGCGUAGUAGUUACAGGAGUGGGAGGCCAAGGCUAGCUGCUAUUGACAGGUUUCCACCGUCAACAGAAUCCCAUGAUAGAAUGGGACAUCAUGAGACCAUCCUGAUGGUAGAUCAAGCACCCUUUUAUGGUAAUUCCAGGAACUUCUCCGACCAAUAUAGAGAUAUGAGGCUAGACAUCGACAACAUGAGUUAUGAGGACCUGCUUAAUCUCGAGGAAAGUAUAGGGAAUGUUAGCACGGGUUUAUCCGAAGAUAACAUGUCCAAGUAUUUAAUGGAAAAAAAUCACUGUUUUGAUGAAAACCAGGAGGAAGUUUCUUGUCCCAUAUGCCUUGAAGAGUACAAGAAUGGUGAUAAGAUUGGAAGGAUGGGGAAAUGUGGACAUGAGUAUCAUGUGGAUUGCAUCAAGAAGUGGUUGUUGAUGAAGAAAUUAUGUCCAAUCUGCAAGACCGAAUGCUCGGGUUAAAGAACCAAGUCCCUUUUAAGGUGUACAUACCAAAUAUAAAUAUCAUCCCAAAUGCAUUCAACUUGUACAAGUUGCAAUUUCACUCAUCUGUUUCAUUGUUUUAACAAAAGAAUUAUGUAUGCUCAAGUUAAGUUAAUAGAAGAACUCAAUUGUGAAAUA